CCCCACAGCGCCGCGAUGCUGCUUGUCGGGCUGGCCGUGGCCCUGGCCCUGCUGCUCUGGGCCUGGCGCUGCCGCCCGGGGGGCGCAGGAUCCGGGGGGGGCCGGCGGGGGCCCUGGGGGCUCGUUCUCCGGCACUGGCUGGCGCUGCGGGUGCUGGGCCGGGCCGUGGGCUGCCAGCGCUGGCAUCUGGAGCAGGCGUCGGCGGCCGCGCGGCGGAGCCAGGAGCGCCUCCUGCUGCGGCUGCUGGGGCGAGCCGGGGCCGCGGAGCCAGACCCGGGCGUGUUCCGGGAGCGUCGCCCCCUGGCCCGGCGCGGCUCCCAGGGGGGCGAGGCGCCUGCCCCCCCGGCACUGCCGACGGGGCCCUGGGCUCUGCUUCGGAGCUGCUGCACCGCGGACUCCCCCCUGCAGGGGCCCGUCUUGUACCUGGACAUCCUCAGCAGAGUCUUCCCGGAGGCCCUGAGCCCGCGGGGCACGGCCCGCUUCUCCUGGGCCCAGGGCUGCUCCCUGCCUGCCGCAGCCUGGCCGCUGCCCACCCUGUACUGCACUCCAGAGGAGGCGGGCACCGUGCCCUCGCGAGCCGCGGCCCUGUAUGUGCAGCUGGUGUUUGCCCUGCGGGAGCGAGCACUGCGGGCGCUGGAGGCCGGGCUGGCCUCGGAGCUGUACGAUGCCCUGGGCGUGCUGCACGCCAGCUGGGAGGGCCUGGCGCAGGACCUGGCCUUGGGGAAGCUGAGUCCCCGGCUGGAGCUGCCUGAGGGGACCCGGCGCCGGCUGGAGGGGCUGCUGGCUCCCGACGCGGCGCGGGCGGCGGAGCUGAGGGCAGAGUGUACCAGGGGCUGGGACGGCGUCGCCCAGCGCCUGUGGCCGCGGCUCCAGGUGGUGGUGGUGGCAGAGCCCAGCGGCGAGCAGCUCUACGGGGAGGCCCUGCGGGAGUCGGAGUGCCGGGGCCUCCCCUUCUACUGCCCCUUCUACGGCGCAGCAGGAGCUCUGCUCGGGGUGAACCUGUGGCCGGAGCAGCCCGACCCCCGCUACCUGCUCUGCCCGGGCUGGGCUUUCUGCGAGUUCCUGCCGGCGGGGCCGGGCGCUGAGGGGCCCCCCGAGACCGUGCUGCUGGCAGACGUUGAGCAGGGCCAGGAGUAUGAGCUGGUGCUGACGGCCCAGGAUGGAUUGUCCAGGUGCCGCAUCGGGGAGGUGCUGAAGGUGGCUGAAUUCCACAACCAGUGCCCCAUCGUGGGGCCCGUGCGCAGGCUGAGCCAGACCCUGAGCGUGCGUGGGGAAGGUGUCCCCGAGGAGCGCUUCUACCGGAGCCUGUGCCGUGCCGUGGCCAUGUGGCCGGGAGCCCGGCUGGUCGAUUACGUCUGUGCAGAGAGCAGCCUUCUGGGUGCCUCCUCCGGGGCCUGUGCCCCCCAUUACCAGGUGUUCGUGGAGCUGCGGGGCGUGCGUGAUCUGUCGGAAGCACAGCGCUAUAAGGACGGCUCUCGCCAGAGGCCAGUUCAGAAGAAGAAGACUGUGUCCUUCAGCACUAUGCCCCACGACCGGAAGAUCAACAGCACGGCGGCUUGCAUCUCCUUCAUGCUGGAGGGCUGCGAGAUGAAGAAGGUUCGCUCCAACUCCCGCAUGUACAGCCGCUUCUUCCUGCUGGCCCCUGACAUGCGCGACCUGCGGUGGGAGCCCUCCAAGAAGGACUCGGAGAAGGCCAAGAUCGAGAUCGAGUCGGUCAAGGAGGUGCGGGUGGGGAAGAAGACGCCCGUGCUGCGGAGCAACGGCCUCUCCGACCAGUUCCCGGACGAGUGCGCCUUCUCCAUCAUCCACGGCGACAACUACGAGUCCCUGGACCUGGUGGCCAGCUCGCCCGACGUGGUGAACGCCUGGGUGAUGGGGCUGAGGUACCUGGUGUCCUACGGGAAGCACACGCCGGAGGCGCCCGAGGCCGGCCACCCCAGCCUCCGGACCUCCUGGAUCUCCUCAGUCUUUGAGGUGGCGGACCUGGAGAAAGUGGGCCAGAUCCCCGUGGCCCGGGCUGUGCAGCUCAUCAAGGCGCUCAACCCGGGCAUGAAGGCCUCCACCAUCGAGCUGAAGUUCAAGGAGCUGCAGAAGGCCGGCGAGCGGCCAGGGAGCGACGUGGCCUGCGACCUGUUCGUGGAGGCCUAUUGCGACCUCUGCACCAGGCCCGAGAUCUUCUUCCUCCUGGUCCAGUUCUCCAGCGACAAGGAGUCGUUGGGGCUGAAGGACCUGCUGACGUUCUUGGAGGUGGAGCAGGGCAUGGAGGGGGUGACCGAGGAGACGUGCCUGGAGAUCAUUGGCAAAUAUGAGCCCUCCAGCGAGGGCCGGGAGAAGGGCCACCUGGCCAUCGACGGCUUCACCCGCUACUUGCUCUCCCCGGACUGCUCCAUCUUCGACCCGCAGCACCUCCGGGUGUGCCAGGACAUGACGCAGCCCCUGUCCCACUAUUACAUCAGCUCGGCCCAUGGCGCCUGCCUGCGGGAGGACAGCUCCUGGGGCAGCACCGGCCUCGGCGGCUACGUUGCGGCCCUGCGUAUGGGUUGCCGCAGCCUGGAGCUGGUGGUGUGGGAUGGCCCGGAGGGCGAGCCCCUGGUCUCCGGGGGUCGCUCGGCCGCCUCCCGCGUGGCCUGUCGCAGCGUGGUGGGCGUGAUCGACCGGUACGCCUUCGAGGCCUCCGAAUACCCCCUCGUCCUGUGCCUGGCUGUGCGCUGCUCGCCCGCCCAGCAGAGGCUGAUGGCCCAGUGCCUGAGGAAGACCCUGGGCGCCAAGCUGUACCUGGACCCCCCCGACCCCGAGGAGGCCUACCUGCCCUCCCCGGAGACCCUCAAGGGCAGAGUCCUCAUCAAGGGCAGGAAGCUGCAGCCCAGCUGCCACGAGAGCGAGGGGGAGGUGACGGACGAGGAGGAGGGCCCGGAGACGGGGCAGUGCCCGGGCGAGGCCGACGGGCAGCCGCCCGCGGGGGGCGGGCGGCGCAGGCUACGGCUGAGCAGGGAGCUGUCGGAGCUCGUGAGCCUGUGCCAGGAGGUGCCCUUCCAGGACUUCGAGGCCUCGCGGCGCGGGCAGCGCUACUGGGAGCUCUGCUCCUUCAGCGAGGCGGAGGCCGGGCGCUUCGCCAGCGAGUGCCCCGCCGAGCUGGUGAGCUACAACAAGCGGUUCCUGUCGCGGGUCUACCCCAGCCCCCUGCGCAUCGACGCCAGCAACGCGAACCCGCAGGACUUCUGGAAGUGCGGCUGCCAGAUGGUGGCCAUGAACUUCCAGACGCCGGGGCUCAUGAUGGACCUGAACGCGGGCUGGUUCCGCCAGAACGGGGCCUGCGGGUACGUGCUGCGCCCCGCCGUCAUGCGGGAGGAGGUCUCCUACUUCAGCGCCAACGCCAAGGACUCGCUGCCCGGCGUGCCCGCCCAGCUGCUGCACCUCCGGGUGAUCAGCGGGCAGAACCUGCCCAAGCCCCGGGGCUCGGGUGCCAAGGGCGACGUGGUGGAGCCCUACGUCUGCGCCGAGAUCCACGGCAUCCCGGCCGACUGUGCCGAGCGGCGCACCAAGACGGCGCUGCAGAGCGGGGACAACCCGGUCUUCGAGGAGAGCCUGGAGUUCCAGGUGAACCUGCCCGAGCUGGCCCUGCUGCGCCUGGUGGUGCUGGAUGACGACUACAUCGGGGACGAGUUCAUCGCCCAGUACACCAUCCCCUUCGAGUGCCUGCAGAGCGGCUACCGCCACGUGCCCCUGCGGUCCCUGGCCGGAGAGCUGCUGCCCCACGCCACCCUCUUCCUGCACGUGGCCAUCGCCGACCGGCCCGGCGGGGGCAAGGGGCGGGGGCGCUCCGGGCGCAGGGGCCGGCGGCUGCGGGAGUAUGCCUCCGCCAAGGCCACGGGCAUCAAGCCCAUCGACGAGGUGUUCCGCGCGGCUGGCCAGCCGCUGCGCGAGGCCACCGACCUGCGGGAGAACAUGCAGAACGCCCUGGUCUCCUUCAAGGAGCUGUGCGGCCUGACGCCGGCGGCCACCAUGAAGCAGUGCAUCCUGACCGUGGCCACGUGGCUGAUGCGCAGCGAGAGCACCCCCAGCGUGACGCUGAACCUGGGCGAGCAGUACCCCCCCAUGGAGGCCCAGGGGCCCGUCCCAGAGCUACUCCGCAAAGUGCUCACCGCCUACGAGACCACGAUCCAGACCAGCCGGACGCUGAUCGAGUCGGCCGACGCUGUGCACAGGAAGCUGAUGCAAGCCCAGCAGGCGGGGAUGGGUUUCCACAAGGAGCUGCACCGCCUCGAGGCCAAGGAGGGGCUGAAGGGCAGGAAGUUGCAGAAGGCCCUGGAGAGCUUCGCCUGGAACGUCACGGUGCUGAAGGGCCAGGCAGAUCUCCUGAAGCAGGCCAAGGCGGAAGCUCUGGACAACCUGUGGCAGAUUCACAACGCGGGGCAGUCGUGUGGCAUCGGCAGGAAUGGCUCUGCCUCCCCCGACCUCGCCCAGGCCCGGACCCCGCUGGAGCCCAUCUCCGAGACAGAAGGAGGCAGCGACACUGGGUCCUGCUGACCGCGGGGCAGGGCAUGGGGGCCAGGACUGAGCCCGGGGCCCCCAGCGCUCCUGCCACGGACCCAGGAUUGUACGGGCAGCGACCCCACCCCAGAGCUCCCAGGCCUUUGACCGUGCGCGUGGAAGACAGGAGCCCGGCUGUCGGCGGGGUGGGGGCUGCCCGGGCCGUCCCAGGGCGAUCCAGACAAGUUGAUUCGGGUGGGGGCAGAGUUAGCACUCACACCAACUGCCCACGUGACGGUACCCCCCCGGCUGCAGCUGGGCCGCCCUCCCCCCACCAGUGCAGCUGCAGCCGAGGGGUACCGUCACAUGGGCAGUUGGUGUUCACCCCACGAUGGAACCCCCCUUUGGAGGGCAUCGGCUGUGUCUGCACUGCGGGGUUAUGCCAGCGCGUUACAGAGCGUCACCAGCCUGCAGACGUGGGGGUCUCAGAGGGGGGCUCUCUGGGCACCGAGUGGGGCUCACACCUGCUCCGUCUCGCCACCGGCCUGCCAAACCCCCGCCGCCCCCAAGGGUCCCGGCUCAGGGCUGGGCUCUUUGCCUGCUCUGGGCUCAGCCUUGAGCCUCCGUCCUUGGCCCAAAGCCGCUGAGCUGCCGUGGGGCUGGGAGCGGCCAUGAAGGUUCCUGCUUUUCCCAGCCCCCCGCCCUCCUCUGGCCCAUCUGCCGUAGAGAACAUUCCUGGACGGGGCUCAGGGGCCAGGCAGCUGACAACCGUGCCCUGGCUCAUGGGCUGCCUCCCCAGCCCCACCUGGGGGUCAGGGCCCAGGGCUGAGCUGGUGAGCACAGCCUGGAGCAGGGGCCUGGCUGUGGGGCUGGGCAGAGAACUGCCCCAGGGGGUCAGGUGCGAUUACAAGGGUUCCUGCUGCGGUGAAUCGGGCGGCAGGGUGGAGACCCAGAGCAAUAGGGGGCUGCUCGGCCCAGUGGGAGCCCGAGAAACCAGCUCUGAGCCGGGCGGGGUCUCCAGACAGGCAGCAGAAGCUGGGAGCAGCCCCCCCGGGGGUUCAGAGCAGGGUCAGAGCUGCAGUGUUAUAAAGAGCAAACCCCAAGCUGG